AAAGCAGAAGAGAAAACUUUCAAGUUUCGAUUAAACUCUGACACAUAUUCAGUGGCUUGUGAUGCAUCCAUGACUGUACUAGACGCUCUGAAUGAAAGUCAGAUCUUCAAGAAGGAAAAAGAAAAACGUAAAAACAGAGAAAAAGCUGUACUUAUUCAAAGAUCGAAAAAUAAGCCAGGAGCCGCUAUCAAGACAGAUUUCCCCUGCUGUCUUAUUGAUGAUGAUGAGAUUGUAAAAGUAACCUUCAUUAAAAAUGAUGAAGUUACUUCUGUGCAACAUUCUGGGCGACAUUCAUCUCGCAGUGACCCUGACAUGUUUGUCACUUUCUGCGUUGAAAAAAUAGGAGGAGAGGGAGUGAAUGUCUUACUUAAGAGUGAAGCUCUGAGAUGCCUUGAGAGUGUUGAGUAUGUUUGUGUUUAUGCACGCAUAGAAGACAAAUUGAGAGAGGCACUUAAAAAUGAUGGGAGAUUCAAGAGAAUCAUAUUCAAAAAAGACUGCGGACUCUCUGAGAUUGGUACAGGAUACAAGAAUGAAAUGUCACACCCUGUCAAACACCUUGACCAAAAGGUGUUCAAAGUAGUUGUUAUCAGUAACACCAUACAGCCAGACAGUCAAGAUGAGAAGACUUCUCAAGUCAAAACUGAACCUGAUGAAGCGUCAGAUGCUGAGGUGGGUGAGGAUGUUGGCACCAGCCAGAACCCUGUUAACAAUGAGCAAGAAAUAAAACAAGAUAAAAAUGAAGGAGAGUCCACAGGAACUUCAGCUAAGCGGCCUGCACCUAAAGUCAUUCCAAACACUGAAGAGAUUCUGGGAAUUCUGCGUGAUCAGUUUAAAGAUUUACUAAAACAGCUAAUGAAGCGAGAGAAGCUCAAGAAAUCUCAGGUGCAGAAAUUCUUCAAAGGAGAAUUUGCUAAAAGUGUUGAGAAUUUCUUGGAGGUGAAGAAAGUGAAGAUCCUUGCAGAUCUUUCAGACUCUGUAUGUCAGAUUCGAGUGGAGGGUAAACCUGAGGGAACUGGAUUCUUACUAUUCGGCAGAUUUAUCCUCACUAACGCACAUGUUGUUAUGCCGUUUGCUUCAAUCAUUCAUGAGCAUCCUUAUCUACUGAUACAGCUCCAGAAGACAGUAACAGCUGUGUUUAAUUUUGAAGAUCAGGAUUCAGGAGGGACAGAACUGUCAGUGAAAGGAGAUAUUUGUGCUGCUGCUCUUGCAUCCGACAGCAUGGGUAGACAUCUUGACUAUGCUCUUCUUGAACUAAAUGAUGAUCAAACUGUGAAUGUUCCUCCACUGAUUGAUCGUCACAGAAAUGUGCCUCCUCGUACUGGAAGUCAGAUCUGCAUUGUGGGGCAUCCAGGUGUUGGGGUGAAGAAAUUGGAUCCAUGUUUCAUCAUUAACUUGGAAAAUAGAUGUACUGAUAAUCCCUUUCAUAUCAUUACACCACAAAAUUUUGAAGAAAACAAGAUAACUUAUGACUCCUGUAUGUAUGAAGGAUCUUCUGGUUCCCCAAUUUUUGAUGAACACUGCUAUCUGAUUGGUAUGCACACUGGUUGGUUUACCCACGAAAAUAGGCAGAUAGAAUACGCUUAUUCUCUGAAUCCCAUCCUGGAAGACAUCAAAAUACAUGAGGAACGGCUUAAAAAUCUUAAAAGAUCAUAGUGAUAUAGUUGAUAUGUCAACUGCACAGAAUCAAACUCUCACAGUCUAGAUCAGGGGUCUCCAACCUUUUUUCAUUGGAGAGCUACUUUCUAAAAAAUAAAAGUGGUCGAGAGCUACUUGUGUCACGUUAUACCUAAAUUAGUGAGUUAAUAGACACCGGUCUAACUCACUGUGAUUUGAACUCUUUCCUGCCAGCAUUUUUUUUAAAAGUUGCCAGUGCAAGCAUUUUUUAUUUUUCACAAAAUUGUAAUACCUUCCAGAAAAUGCUUUUCUUUAAACAUAAACAUACGAUACAUCAAAUGAAAGAACACAUCCUACAACAACAACAAAAACUUUCAUGUUGUCUUUAUACUUUUUUAUCACCUCUUGUAGGAUUCGUUCAAAAAUACCACAUUUUGAAUAAAAAAAUCAAUUAUUAAAGAUCAGAUUUAGAAAGAUGAUCCAAACAUAGAGUAUUUACUGCUUUUGGAUUCAUAAUAGGGAUGUGCAUGUAUGUCACGUAUGGCUCUCUGGUAUCUCUUGACAUUUGAUGUUUAAAUAUGAGAUGAUAACCCAUUGAACCUGUGACGACGACUGUAUUUUCGUUUUAUCAAAAAUG